AUGGUACAAAGCUUGUCCGAAGCCGCUGUCUGCAAGCUUUUUCCAACAACCCUAAAAGGACCGGCUGCCAUCUGGUAUCAAAGUCUGAAAGAAGGUUCUAUUCGAAGUUUUGACGAGCUAGCAAAAGCUUUCCGAACUCAUUUUGCACCGAGCAUACAGCGGAAGAAAAAGUCCAGUGACCUAAAACUUUGUUAUCAAAAACCGGGAGAAAGUUUGCCAAGUUAUAUCGGCAGAUUUAAUGCCGAAGCCGUCGAAGUAGGAAACUUGAAUGAUGAUACCGUGAUAGAUGCAAUGAAAGACAACACAAUGAUGAUGGCCUUCCGAGAUAACCUGAUAACAAAUAUGACGGCUAGGCAAGACAGGUUCAGGCCAAGAAACCAACAUCAAGUCGGUCCACAACGAGCAGAACCACACCGACCAGUGAAAGUAGAAGACCAAGCCUUCAUUCCACUCAAUACACCGAGAUCACACAUCCUAAUGUGGAUACAGAACAACAAUGAACCAGUAAGAUACCCACCCAAGCUUCAGCACGAGGGAGAUAGGAAAAAAUACUGUCAAUUCCACGAUGGCCAUGGCCAUGUCACCGACGAAUGUGGAAGUCUGAAAAUGGAAAUUGAUCGAUUGGUGCAAGUCGGCUGGUUAAAAGACUUUGUAGCACAAAACAAAAAGUACAGCUCGGGAGGAAGUUACCGAGGCGAGCAUAGUGGAAAAAGAGAGGAGGCGCCACCGCCCAAAAGACAAAAUGUAUCGGGGGUAAUAAACACUAUAGCAGGCGGUAUGGCCGACCCAGAAUACAAACGAGGAAGACGCAAAAGGCAAAAAGUAGUGAUGAAUAUAUCGGUCGCUAAACCUCUACCCGAAGUUAGUUUCAGCUCGACCGAUGGCGAAGUAAUAGAUUUUCCACACCAAGACCCCUUGGUAAUCUCGGGGUUAAUCAAAAAUUUUUGGGUAAUGAGGCAACUGGUCGAUGAAGGAAGCUCAGUUAACCUCAUCACAAAGCAGGCAUACCUCGGUAUAGGAUGCUCCGUUCUCAAUCUCAAACCAGUCAAAACUCCCCUAGUCGGCCUGGGAGGAACACCGGUACAAGCAGAAGGAGUUGCGGAAUUAACGGUGGAGUUAGGAAAAGAAAAUGGCUCACCAAGAGGAGGCCUGAUUGGCAUCACAAAGAAAUUCAAAACUCUAUUCAUGGUUGUCGACAUGCCACUUGCUUACAACGUCAUACUCGGCAGACCAAUGUUAUACAACACCGGGGCUGUCACAUGCAUCAAAUACUUGUGUAUGAAAAUACCGACCGAAGAAGGAGUGGUGACAGUCAAAGGAAGGCAAGACGUAGCCAAGCAAUGCUACUUGGCAUCAAUGAGGGGAGUAUCAGAAAUGUAA